CGUACUUGAAUCAUUCCUUGCCAGUGAGCGGUUCUUGUAGGUUCCAGUCUCCGAUAAAAGACUUCUCAACAGAGCUAGAGCGAAACUCUGCAUUUCACCGACGACAAAAUAAAUACAAAGAUCAAACUACAACACUGUGUCUGUUAUAGGCUACAUUUACCGAGAGAGACGACAUUUGUAGACGGAUAACGGACAUACAUCCUCCUGCGACACAGAGGACCCUACCCUUAUCAGCUUAGUCGCUCAGUGGGGUGUUCGACUCAGAAUAUUUUGCGCUUCAUUUCUUUGUUGAAAAAACGCAAAAUGAAAACCAAAUUUAUCAACGGGGUUUCUUCUUCCCCGUCCAUGUCGCUGGGUCUGCUCGUAACCGAGAACGCCCUGCAGGUUCAGCCCGACACCGAGGAGGACUGUAAGGAGCUGGUCCGCCCCGACCAGCCCGACCUCGACACCCAGCGCAAGGCUUAUCUGUGGUGCAGGGAGUUCCUCCACGGAGCCUGGAAAAGCCUGGCUGAGGACGAUUUCCACAUCACCAUCAUAAGGGGUGGUUUGAGCAACAAGCUCUUCCUGUGCUGCCUCCCUGACAGCGUGGACACUGUUUGGGAUGAGCCCAGGAGCGUCCUGCUGCGCCUCUAUGGGGCCAUCCUGCAGAUGUCCUGUAAUAAAGGGGAUUCCCGACAGUCAAACAAAGAAAAUCACUUCCAAGGGGCGGAGGCCAUGGUUUUGGAGAGUGUGAUGUUUGCCAUCUUGGCAGAAAGGGAGCUGGGACCGAAACUCUACGGUAUUUUCCCUCAGGGCCGACUGGAGCAGUAUGUCCCCAGUCGUAAACUUGACACCUGUGAGUUAAGCGAGCCCAGCAUCUCAGCGGAGGUUGCAGAGAAGAUGGCCAAGUUUCAUGGAAUGAGGAUGCCCUUCAACAAGGAACCCAAGUGGCUGUUUGGAACUAUGGACAAGUACCUGAACCAGGUCAUGAGGCUGAACUUCACCAGAGAGUCGCACCUGCGUCGCUUCAACCGCCUGCUCAGCUACAACCUGCCACAGGAGAUGGAAAUGCUCAAGUCUCUGCUGGAGUCCACCCACUCCCCUGUAGUGUUCUGCCACAAUGACUGUCAAGAAGGAAACGUCCUGCUGUUGAAGGGCCGCCAGAGCUCAGACAAACAGAAGCUGAUGCUCAUUGACUUUGAGUACAGCAGCUACAAUUACAGGGGAUUUGAUAUUGGCAACCAUUUCUGUGAAUGGAUGUACGACUACAGCUGUGAGGAGUUUCCUUUCUUCAAAAUUAAUGCUCAUGCCUACCCUUCAAAGGCCCAGCAGCUGCACUUCAUCGACAGCUACCUGCGUGAGUCUGAUCGAGGGUUCGACAACCUAAGUGAAGAGGACCAAAUGAAGCUGAAGGAGGAGAUGUACGUGGAGGUCAACAGGUUCUCCCUGGCAUCACACUUUUUUUGGGGCUUGUGGUCCAUCAUCCAGGCCCGGCUCUCCACCAUCAAGUUUGGAUACCUGGACUAUGCCCAGGCCAGAUUUGAUGCCUACUUCCAGCAAAAGAAGAUCUGGGCUGUGUAAUGGAGCCAAAUGGUUGGAUGCACUUCCAAAACGUUCAGCCAAACGGCAGCGGGAGGACAAGCAGGCUGAUAGAAGAUAGAAGACUCCACCAUCAACGCUUUACUUAUGCUCCCUGCUUUGAGAGGAUGUUGCUGGCUACCGUCAGUGUUGUGUUGAACCAAAGCCAAAUCUCAAUCACAAGGCUAGGUGCUUAUGGUAUGUCCCGCAAUCCAUUGCAGCUGUACUAAUCUUCAUCACUGGUCAGAGCUGCUCUCCGCUUCUGCCUUGUUGGAACCGUAUUAUAUAUCACUAACACAAGGGUUACGUUUUGAGCAGGAGAGAGGUGGCUUUUGGUUACAGCUAGAUAGGAAAUCUUAACAUUGCAUCAAUGUAUAUGUAUUGAUCAUUCCCUUAUGGAAAUGUUCUGUAAAUAACCAACAUUUGAACUUCUCUUGGUAGAUUCCUGCUUACUGAAGGAGCCAGUGGCUAAAUAUGUAUAUUAUAUAUAGACCACAAUGUGCCAGUAACCUGGCCCUGUCUGUUAAUGAUGGGCUGAUUUGUUGGCUAGUGGAAUCACGACUUGAUUUUCUACACUUCUAUAUAUUGCACACUUGCUGUUUGUUUGAUUUUCUUUUUUUAAAUGGUUAUAUUUGACAUUUUCUUCAGGUUAGGGCAAAAUACAGUUAGGUGGCAUUGUCAAGUAUGUGAAUAGCUUUUUCUGGGUGGCUGGUUAAAACUCUAACCAAAUCAAACAUCAACCAUCAGGUCAUAGGUAUUUCAAUUCAAUCAUUACAAUUAGGUCAGGUCUUCCUAACUAAUAAUGCAGUUACACUGGUUUAAUUCUUACUGACAGAAGUUUGGUAGAUUUAUGGUAUUAUUAUGGAUAACUGUGAAAAUUAGAUCCACAUCUGUAUGUAGUUUACACAUUGGGUAUUAACAUCUGCAUUGUGUGAUUUAACCAGAAAGACAUUCCAGCCAUGCUUUAAGCCAGUGAAAGUGUUGCUAAACUGUCUUUUGGACAUGAAGGCGUGAACUGACCAUAUUUCUGCUUUUUUUUACCUUUAUAUAGAUACAUAUAGUGAUAGAUCACUGCAUUAAUGAAAACGUCACACAAACAGUACAUAUGACAACGGUUCCUUAUGGUGGCAAUUGGCACAAGUGCCUACUGCCAAGUUGCCUCAUCAUCGUACCCAUAAUCCAGAAAAAUCAAAGCAUAAUGCUGCACAGCUGAAUGUUGCAGAGAUUACUUAUUGAGACAAGUUGUAGCUGGACAGCUGGCAAGAAACUCUGUUAAAGGGGCAUUAAAUACAUUUGGCUUUUAUUGGAUCUAUCAGUCAACAAGCCACUCUGCUACUAAGAGCUGAGUCAUUGCUGUUAAUCACCUUGUCAAACCCAAACACAGUGGCUCACAUUGUGGCCAUUGUCUGCUGCAGCAUGGUAAAAGUCUUACUUAAUGCACAUGUAACAAAGGACGUCAGCACUGGAACAGUGAAGCACUGUGCCCUGUGUGCAUAGAUGUAGAUUUUGGGGGAGAAUGCAGGGGAUAUGUCGCCCCCUAUAUUUGGAAGACAUAGAUUUGUCCCCCAGAAAAAAAAAAAUAAAAAUUGAAAGAUAACCGACUGCCCAAAAGAGGUAAAACAUAACCGUUCAGGGGGCUAAAAACAUGUAUACAUCCUUCUUAUCUGUAAAUAUAUUUCCCAACGAUUUGAGACACCCCUAUAGUGGACCAAACCACCUUAACCUUGCAACGCACGUACAGAGGCACAAUGCAAUCCGUCUCCUUUCUUUCUCUCUUUCUCCAUGAAAUGAAGCUGCCUUCAAGUGCGGUAGGAAAUGUCGAGAUCUAUAAACGAUCUGACGGAUCGGCGGCCUACAGCUGGAGAGAUAGUCUCUUCACUCAGAGAACCAAGGUUACAACGUAACCGAGUGAUCUGAGGACCUGAAACAAACCCACAACAUAUGUACUUGACUGUUUUCAUACAGUAUGUGAACCUUUUGGGUUUGUUGAAAUGUGACUGUGUUGAAAUGUGAGUUUUAUUUUACAUGCAAGUGUAUUUGAUUGUAUAUUUCCUUUGGAAUGUGUUUUAAUGUAUAGUUUUACAUGUAUUUUGAGAUACAAUGGGACUAGGGAUGAACCAGCAGAAUGUGCAGUGGAUUAAUACUGGAGGACUAUUGAAAUUUAAAAAAACGUGUUACUGCUACAUUUGCCGUGUAGCAAUGGUCUUUACGUUAGCACCCAUUCAGUGGCUCCUUCUUCUACAUAACCAUGAACAUAAUUUGUAUUCAUUUUGUUGUCUUUCAUGAAUGAAAUAUAUUUGGCUUGACAUUACACUAUUACUGGUAUUUCGGUCUCUAUUUUGUUGCCAUUUUCCCUGAUUUUCCAUAUUACAUGUCUAUUAUUUGUUAUAGAAAAAUGGAUACCAUGAUGUGUAACCAUAGUGCAUUCCAUAAUUGUUACUUCACCUUCAGUAUCGUGUACACUUGACCAAAAGAACGAAGUUUUGAUCUGAUCGGUUCUUCCAAAAAUAAUUUUAAUUUGUCCCCAGUAGAGAACAAACGCCCUCACUUCUGUUUCUACAUGUAUUUUAAUGUAUGUAAUAUUCACUAACAAAAAUAUAUUUGAAGAAUUAUCCAAAUAUACAGAAUGACAAACUUGUAACUUAUCAUUCUUCUGAAUGUACAUUGUGUUAAUGUAAUAUACUUAAAUUUUUUUUUGUGAUAGCACCCACAACUACACUAUCCUGUGACUCACAGUGUUAACCUUUGCAGCUAUACUGGAUGCAUACUGUAUGUACUCAUAUGAAUAUACUUUGUAAUUAAAGAGGUUUCGGGUGAACUGCUGAAGCAUAGAAAUUACCUUGGCUGUAAAUUUACUUUUCUGCUGUGCACAAACAAAAAUUAAAGAGAAAACAACUGAC